UCGUUAUGAAAUAAUCGGUAAGGAUUAUGAGCUUUUGUACUAUAAUUCCACUUAAGUAAGUGUCUUCUACCAUAGACAAUGUUGAUUCGGGACAAAUUCGAAAGCAGACUGAAUGUAUCGUUUGCGAAUAUGAAAAUUUUCGAGAUAUUAUUCUUGAUAACCUUGAUUUGUACACUCUCAUCAACCCAACGAUGUAUAUUUCCUGGAAGGUAUAAGGACUAUACUGAUCCAACCGGCAGGCUUUAUUACAUCUGCAACCAAUUUGAUGGUGUUCCUAUAUACUUCAGAUGUCCAGUGAAUAACGUCUUCAAUGCAUUAACGCAGGUUUGUGAAGUGUCUAGCAACCCAAAACGACUUCAGUGUACUUGGAUUCAGAUACUUUUAGGAAAAACGCCUAAUCCUUCAGGAGAUGGAACCACAUAUAUCGACUGCACCGAUCCUUCUUUAGGUCCUAGAAUUGUUGCAUGUAGUGCUGGCUUGUUCUCCCCAAUCCUAAUGUGUUGUUACGAUACUGCUGCAAAUGUUUGUUUUUUAUCGUGAAUCUGUAAAAUAUGUUAAGGAUAUUGAAUAAAUAUUCCGGUGACCUUGUA